CUCCAUUCAGCACGAUCACGCGGAUUCCACCACGCGUUUGCCUUUCCAAACUUUCCAUUCGUCAAACUGUGUAGUAGAACAGCAUAUAAACGCACCUAAUUCUGCCAUUCUGUCCACUAUCAUAUCCCAAUCUCCAGAAGCAUCAACGGAGUGAGACAAGCGCCAUGGUCAGCAUUGCAGGAGUCUUGGUAGCCGUAGGCUGCGGCGCCAUCGUUAUCUGGUUCUGUUUCAGUGGCAGUGGCCAGAACACAGCGCAGCGCGAUCGGCACCUGCUGCUGCAACAGCAUCAUCACCAUCAGCAUGCACAAUCCGACAACAACAACGCGAACCCCGAAGACGAUGAACCAAACGUGGACAUCCCGAAUGACGACACCAACUCACCUCUCUCCGGGGACGACAUCCCAAUAGACAGCGCUUCAGAUGCCACUGAUGCACCCUCUUCUGCGCAGCCUCCGCGUCCGUCAUCUCAACGCAGCAUAUCCCCCCAACCCCUGCUCCCAAAAAUGUUCCCCACCCUGCGCCCAACGCCGAUCCAUCAUCCAGCAUCCACGGAUGAAACGCCACAGGCUCACAACGGACACGACGAGGACUUGGGAGGCUCACGAUCGCCAUCGCCAUCGCCAACGGAGGACGACUGGGAGAACGUUUCGUGGCCAGGGUCUGAGGACGAGAAUGCAACGGGAGAGGAGGCGCACGGCCAAGGGAAGGUGCAAGGUGAGAAGAAGAAGGGAUUCUGGGGGAGGGGGAACUAGGCGAGUUGCGCCGGAUGAACUGAACUGGGCGGCGUAUGUGAACGAGGGGCCUGGUGGCAUUUGCUCUCAUGCAUGAAGUCACCGCAACAGGCACGGAUAGAUAUGGAGUGGAAUGGAAUGGAUAGAUAGAUAGAAAUUCGGAUGUGGGAUUGUCGCUCACGGCGCGGUUUUGCACGUGGAUCCUAUCUCUCGAAUGUGACGACUAGCAUACGGACGUGACAUAUUCCCUCCAGAAGCCCCUUCCCCCAGGAUAGUUU